AGAAUUGAAAGAAAUUAGAAAGACGAUGAUGGAGAAAAUUAUGGAGUAUCUGCAAUUGAGCGAUGAGGUGGUUGACGACGGUGAGGCACCGCGAGUUGAAGAAUUUUUAGGUGAAGGGAAAAGCUUCUACGAGAAUUUUAGUCUCAGAGGAAUCCGAGUCAACCGAGUCGAACCGGGUUUCAUUUCCUGCUCUUUCAAGGUUCCUCUUCGUUUGACGGACAGAGACAAGAAUUUAGCAAAUGGUGCGAUUGCAAAUCUUGUGGAUGAAGUUGGUGGAGCACUUGUACAUGGCGAAGGCUUACCUAUGAGUGUUUCAGUGGACAUGUCUAUUGCAUUCCUUUCAAAAGCUAAGCUUGGUGAGGAGUUGGAGAUAACGUCGAGAUUGUUAGGAGAGAGAGGAGGUUAUAAAGGAACAAUCGUUGUAGUCAGAAACAAGAUGACCGGGGAGAUUAUAGCGGAAGGUCGACAUUCUAUGUUUGGUAGACAAGCUAGUAAGCUCUGAGUCCAACUUUUAAGUCUUGUAUCACUGUAAUGUCUGUUUUCAAUAAUAAGAUUAUGGUUAGGUAAAUUUGGUUAGGUCCUUUGUUCUUUCUGGUUGUGAAUCUAAAACCUUGGUACAUAGCUUAUAAAGAUCAAACCAUUCAGUAA